CACGCGGCACCUGGGGAGAUCCUUGGGGGCGCUGUGCUGCAGCCUCUUGGUCCCCGAUACCUGUUCGAACCCUGCAUUCAAGGGUCUGUCCCUUGCCGCCCCGGUACCCUUACGUCUCUCAGCCCCCGACUUUUGCUCUGAGAGGCCCUGACCGGGCGCCGAGAGGGGGGCAGUGUCGUGUGCUACCGCCCCUCUUCCCCGAAGGCAGCGUCCUGUGCUAAAGAAAGGACUUGAGAGGAAGAACCACCGUAGGAUGGUGAGCUGAAAGUGAGAACCUAUAGGCAAAUGCUUCUCUUAUAGACAAUACAGGUAUGCCCUGCUUUUUGAAAGUUUGCUUUACCUCCUUCACUUUGAUGAAAGACCUACAUUGGUACCUGUUGUCGCUAAAUGAAAGAAAUCUGAAGAGGAUUUUCACUUUUAUGAAAAAAGGUCCUGAUUAGGAUGAAUGUGAUUUGGAGAAAUUAUUUUUCUUGUCUAAGGAUAAGAAAGGUGCCUCACAGAUACCAAAGUAGUUAUCACCCAGUGGCCCCUCUGGGAUCAAGGAUUUUAACUGAUCCAGCCAAAGUUUUUGAACACAACAUGUGGGAUCACAUGCAGUGGUCAAAAGAAGAAGAAGAAGCAGCCAGAAAAAAAGUAGAGGAAAACUCAGCUGUGCGAGUCCUUCUGGAAGAGCAAGUGAAGUAUGAGAGUGAAGCUAGUAAAUAUUGGGACACAUUUUAUAAGAUUCACAAGAAUAAGUUUUUCAAAGAUCGUAAUUGGCUGUUGAGGGAAUUUCCUGAAAUUCUUCCAUUUGGUCAAGAAACUGAAGAGAAGGUAAAAGAAUUAUCACGGAAUCAUGUAAAAGUUCAUGCUGCAAAUUGUUUCUCAAAAAUGCACUGCCCUACUAUGCCUGAAGAAAAAACUCAUUAUAGAGAAAGUUCUGGCUCAUCAGAUGGUCAAAACAAAGCAGGAUCUGAUUUUUCCAACCUAGACUCCAAAGAACACAGAAAAGGACCUCUGAAGACUGAAUUGUUUCCUGGUAGCAACGCCACUUUCAGAAUCCUAGAGGUUGGCUGUGGUGCUGGGAAUAGUGUUUUUCCAAUUCUGAACACUUUGCAGAAUGCUCCAGAGUUCUUUCUUUAUUGUUGUGAUUUUGCUUCUGGAGCUGUAGAGCUGGUAAAGUCGCACACGUCAUACAGAGCAGCCCAGUGCUGUGCCUUUGUUCAUGAUGUUUGUGAUGAUGGCCUGCCCUACCCUUUUCCAGAUGGGAUCCUGGAUGUCAUUCUCCUCGUCUUUGUGCUCUCUUCCAUUCAUCCUGACAGGAUGCAAGGUGUUGUAAACCGACUGUCCAAGUUACUGAAACCUGGGGGGAUGCUGUUAUUUCGGGACUAUGGAAGAUAUGAUAAGACUCAGCUUCGUUUUAAAAGGGGGCAUUGUUUAUCUGAAAACUUUUAUGUUCGAGGAGAUGGUACCAGAGCAUAUUUCUUUACAAAAGGGGAAGUCCACGAUAUGUUCUGCAAGGCUGGGUUAAAUGAGAAGCAAAAUCUGGUCGAUCGUCGCUUACAAGUUAAUAGGAAAAAAAAAGUGAAAAUGCAUCGAGUGUGGGUUCAAGGAAAAUUCCAGAAACCAUUACCCUUCACUCAAAAAAGCUCCAAAUUGGAAUGAGGAAGACAAGACUGAAGACACCAGUUGCUGUCCCUCCACAUGGCGAGAAACAACAGGAGUGGGAAUUACCUAUACGUUUUGUAAGUGCUGGGUAAAGCAUAUCCCACAUCUACCGAACGUAGAGCAAUGGGGAGUGGACUCUAUUUUGUCCUUCUGUCACUUUCUGAGUCAUCUGCUCAGCAUUUACCUGUAAGCCUGUGGCAGCUUACCUGGUCUGUAAGCAUCUUGCCUUAGUGAUGGGUGGAAUCCACAGGGUACGCACUGACACUUGUAUGUGGUUAGAAUACCGGGGACUGCAAACAGAAUGAAUUUCCAAAGUUAUAACCAGUGACUUAUUCUAGGAACCCUACUACACUUAAACCUUUACUAGAUUGCUAAAUAAAUGGCCAGGAGGUCUAGCAACUUUGCCAAGCACCGCUUCUACAUUGACUCACUGUACACCAGCACUUCUCAAACUAUCUGAGGUGAAGGACCAGUAGUUGCUUUUUGUUUUGUUAUACCCAUUUCCAACCUGUCACAGACCAGUACUUUUGUAAAACACAAUAGAGAUGAAUUAGUAGGAAAAAAAAAAAGAUAUACUCCAGUUUCUGGCAUUGUUUCCUGGUCUCUGCCCUCUCCCCACAAUCUCUCCAUAUUACUGCCCUGUCAGCCAGUGCUUACCAGCUACAUGUCAGGCAUUGCCCUAGGUUUUGGGAAUGAAGGGUUGAACAGGAAAAAGGAAAGACAGACAAGCCCAAGAUUUUUACUAGAUUCAUCAGUUAUAAACUUACUCGGUCUCUCUGCUCACCCUGUCACAGAUUGGGAACAGUUCCCAGACCAGCACCCAGUCACAACCCACCCCUUGAGCUGCACUGCUCUAAACCACAGGGAGACUAAAAAUCC